CGCACGUCAGCCGCGCCCCCUCACUGCCAUGGCAACGGCGCGCUGUCUGGGAAACCCGAAGGAGCGGGUGGGAGGGGCGCGUACGUCAGACAGUUUUUCGUCACUGAGGGCGGGCCUUCCCAGGAGAUUUAAUUGGGGAUAAUAAUUUUUUAUUGAGCGUCUGUUGUGAAUCAGACACACUGAGUGCACUGAGCGAUGGAGAAACGGGUGAAUGAAACCAGGAGACAGUUAUUCAUUCGGUGUGCACAUUAUCUAGUGUGGCUGUUGCCCUGAUCCUCGGGGUGAGUGGGUCUAUUCCUAACCAGAACGUUUCUGGAGACCCCGAGAUGUGAAGGACUGCCAGGAUUAUGCUUUCCCAGAGUCUCUCCGGAGUGCAGAUCCCUUGGCUCUAUGGCCACGUUCCCCUUUCCUCUAAGGCCUUCCCCAACCAUAUAAGGAGAGGCAGCUGCUGGGGGCGUCCCCAGGAUCUAAAGAUAGCGGUCUUUGCUUGGGACUCCUAACGCCACCGGGUAGCGGGAGCCGCCAUGGCAAGGCAGCAUGCCCGGACGCUGUGGUAUGACAGACCCAAGUAUGUGUUCAUGGAGUUUUGUGUUGAGGAUAGCACCGAUGUCCACGUGCUCAUUGAAGACCACCGCAUUGUGUUCAGCUGCAAGAAUGCCGAUGGAGUGGAGUUGUACAAUGAGAUUGAGUUCUAUGCUAAGGUGAACUCCAAGGACUCCCAGGAUAAGCGCUCUGGUCGUUCGAUUACUUGCUUUGUGAGGAAAUGGAAGGAGAAGGUGGCCUGGCCUCGACUCACCAAAGAGGAUAUCAAACCCGUGUGGUUGUCUGUGGACUUCGAUAACUGGAGAGACUGGGAAGGGGAUGAAGAGGUGGAGCUGGCUCAGGUGGAGCAUUAUGCAGAGCUUUUGAAGAAGGUCAGCGUCAAGAGACCUCCCCCUGGCAUGGAUGACCUGGAUGAUGAUUCCGACAGUGCUGAAGCAACAGGUAAUUAA